AUGGCUGCUGCAACACGUGGCUACCAGGUGAGCCCGUCCCGCAAGCCCCCGCGCAGGAUCGAUGUUGCCUGCGUCACCUUCGACCUGUACAAGACCCACCCGAAGGACCUGGGCUGCCUCAAUGUCAAAGCCACCCUGUAUGGCACCUACAGCAUGUCCUAUGACCUGCGCUGCUAUGGGGCCCGGCGCCUGGUGAAGGAAGCCCUGCGCUGGGCGCUGUUCAGUAUGCAGGCCACGGGCCACGUCCUGCUGGGCACCUCGUGCUACAUGCAGCAGCUCCUGGAUGCCACCGAGGAGGAGCAGAAGGAAGAGGAGAAGAGCUCGCUGCCCCUGCAGAACCUCCUGCCCUGCAGCCUCCCCGCCCUGCCCUACAAGAAGAUGUCACAGUGAGGCUGGCUGGCCUGGCCUGUCCCCUCUGCUGUCCCCCCAGCCCUCAGGGGUUUCAGCACCCUGCUAGGUCAAUGCCUGGGCAGAGGCUGCCACGGUGCCUGGCACAGCCUCUCCUUGCACUCCGCUGGCUGAGUGUGGCCAAGCCUGCUCUGGAAUAGCUGCUGCUCUGUAAAUAUAUUUAUUUAAGUAAAGGUCUCCUGAAUUCA